UGAAGUUGAAGAAUCACACAUUUGAGCUGCACGGUCUUCCACAAGUUCCACUUCAAGUUCAGGAAUCAAAGCGAGCAACAUCUUGCAAGUACUAGCUAGUAGCGCAGCGCGCCUUCUUUGCUUUGGGAGCCAAGGAAAGGCGCACGUUCUGUAUCAAUCGUUUUGAAAAGAUGGGGGAGGAGAAGAAGAACACCGCAGUGGCCGAGAAGGAAGAGACUGCCCCGAAUGGAGCCGCAGCGGAAAAUGGCGCCCCCGGAACAAACCCUCUGGCUCCGGCGGGCGGGCCUGGGGGAGCCUUUGAUUUCUCAGGAAUGUCUAGCCUCCUGGAGGACCCCGCUAUCAAGGAGAUGGCGGAGCAGAUUGCCAAGGACCCUGCCUUCAGUCAAGUCACGCAGCAGCUGCAGAAGAGCAUGACGGCCAGCCCUGACGGCAACCCUCAGAUUGAUCCCCAGCAGUACAUGACGGCCAUGCGCUCGGUCAUGGAGAACCCCCAGUUUGUGCAGAUGGCCGAGAAGCUCGGUUCGGCGCUGAUGUCGGACCCCAACAUGGCCCAAGUGUUCCAGACGAUGCACAACCCGCAGUCCCGGGAAGAGAUGGACAAGAAGGUUGCCAAGCUGAAGGAAGAUCCGGAGCUGGGCCCCAUUCUGGCGGAGCUCGAGACCGGCGGCCCGACCGCCAUGAUGAAGUACUGGAACAACCCCGACAUCCUGCAAAAGCUCGGCAAGGCGAUGGGUGGCAUGGGCGGAGGCUUCCCCGGAGGGUUUGCCCCGGGCGCCGGCGGGUUCCCGAUGUUCCCUGGUGGAGCUGGAGGGUUCCCUGGAGGGGCUGGCGCGUACCCGGGGGGGUUCCCCGAGGGCUAUGCUGAGGAGGGGGAAGAAGACGAGGGCGAGGGCGAAGUUGAGGACGGCGAGGAGGGAGAGGAGCCGCCACUGCACGCAGCGGCUAGCAGCGGGAAUCAUGAGGAGGUCAAGAAGUUGAUUGACGAGGGCGCGGACAAGGACGAACAGGAUGCUGAGGGGCGGACAGCGCUGCACUUCGCAGCUGGUUAUGGAGAGAUGAAAUGUGCGGAGGCCCUGUUGGAUGCGGGCGCUGACGUGAACGCCACCGACAAGAAUAAGAAUACCGCGCUGCACUAUGCGGCGGGCUAUGGGCGGGCGGAGUGCGUUGAGAUGCUCGUGAAGGCUGGUGCCUCAUGUACUCUCCGCAAUAUGGACGGAAAGACACCCGGCGAUGUUGCUAAGCUCAACAAUCAGAAGGACGUCCUGAAGUCCCUCGAGACUGAUGUCUUCUUGUAAGUAAAGAUUGGCCAAGCACUACAGCUUCGUUAUUCAUUGGCAUCUCAAUGGUUAUCGUAGCAGCAGGGGCAUACACUUUUGGUCCGCAUCCGUCGGACAGAUCGUAGACUGCAGUCGAAUGCAUUCUUCGAAGCGAAUAAUUGGACGGUUUAGUGUCAUUCAGUGGAUGAUCAUUCUGAGUCGAGACUAGUCCUUCACCUUUCAAUUGAGUGGGAAAAGCCGAUGGGCGUUCCGAGUUCCUGUGGUUCUUUCAAGCAUUGACACCGUGUCUCGAGGCUUCCUGUGCGACAAUGGUUAUUGAUGUGCGAAAGCUUUGUGCAACUC